AGGUGCUGCCGCCUGCCGCGCUUCGAGCGGUCCGUGGCCCCUUUUGGCAGCCCGUCCAGGGGCCGUUUCGAAGCCGACGUCGUUUUUCUGCAAGCCGCGCCAUGGAGGAGGGCGGCAGGUACCGCUCUGCACGCAGAACGUUCUGGCUUCCGAGGUCGUUCGCUGACAGUUGGCGCUACGCAACCGGCAGCCGCCGGCUGGUCACGCCGCAGGACGAGCGCUUUCCGUCGCCCGGUCCUGCCAUGGCCACGCUCGUUUUUCUACUCCAGCUGCUCACCUUUUCCCUGCUAGCCCUGCGAGCCUCCUCUCCGCGCAUGCAGGCGCCGCCCCUGGCGGUCACCUGCCUCGGAGCUCACGGACGCGGCUCCGAAGGGCGCAGCGGCGAGGGCUGGCUCUCCUGCCUGGGGAAUGGCACCUUGAGACUGCGGUACCAGCCAGCCCCAGGAGCGAGAGCGGAGGCAGAGAGCAAAGAGAGGCAGCCUGCCUCCCCGCCGCACUGCCGCUGGUACCUGAAUUGGGGCUGGGUGAAGAACACCUCCCUCUGGUCAGGGCAAUUCACGCUCCAGACAGGCCUCUCCCCGGGAAGCGCUCUCUGGCCCGUGGCCUCCAAUCUCAUUACAGUGCAGUGCUCAUCUGCCUCAUGCGCUGCACCCGAGUGCCUUUAUGGCAACGUGAGCGUCGAGAUGUCAGCAAGGUGGGCCGCCCAGAAUAGCUCACACGCUUACCGUGAUGGCACGAGAAGCGCCGCCUGUGUGUUCCACUGCUCUGCUUUCCCCUGGGAUCCUGAGAAACACCAAGGGUUCGUGGCAACAGUGGGCGGCACCCGAAGUGGACUGACACCAGCUCUCCCAAGAGUCAGGGAUGAUGCUUCAAGAACAACAGAACCGGCAGUGCUCCACCAGGAAGCAGCCUGCAAAUUAAACUCGGUUACAAUUCAAAAACCUCCUCUUCACACCUCUGUGAUACGUCAGAAAAAGGGGACAACGUUUUACCUGUAUGCCAGAGUGCUAGUGGACUGCAACCUCCGCGUGUCCAUAACGCCUCAGUGGAUAUUCUAUGCUGUUAAGGACAUGAAAACGAAUCCAGACUGGGACCAACCUUUAAAUAUAUCAUCGAUGCCCGGUGUAAACACAGUACAGUUAACGGUUCCCAGCUGGACUUUGGAUUAUGGAAUGUAUCAGGUCUAUUUUACUGCUACAGUAUACGUGCUUGGGACCAAAAGAUCCUUCAGUAAGACAGACAGAGUUUUCCUCGAGAUAGAGAGAAGUGAUCUUGUGGCAAGUAUUGCAGGAGGUGUCUUCCGGACAGUAGGCUUUUUUGAUAAUUGGACUCUUGAUGGCUCUGUGUCCUAUGACCCCGACUCACCGGAACGACUAAAGGGAAUCACGUUUACUUGGUACUGCACUAAAAAGCUAUCGGACUAUGAAAGCAUGAGAAUCGGUGCAGGAAAUAAAUGUCAUCCAGCCCAGAGGGAUUUGAGGUGGCUGACAUCUUCAGGGGCUGUCCAAGUGGUAGCACCGGAAGCACUCCCAGGAAACACUGUCUACCACUUCCGUUUAGUCAUUCAAAAGGACACAAGAAAGAGUUAUGCUGACCAAAGCGUAAAUGUGCAGUCUGGCUUCUCGCCUCUCCUGGAUGUGACGUGCCUUGAAAACUGUGGCAGCGCUGUAAUUCCGACAGAGAGGUUUACGUUGUCAGGCAAAUGCCUCAACUGUCAAACGAGCAGCAAGCCAGUCUACCACUGGUCGCUUUGGCUGGAAAAUUCUACAGAAAUUAGCUUUGACUGGUCUUCCAGAACCUCAACAGGUAGGUCUGGUGCUUACCUUUCUAUACAUGCUCUGACUUUUACCAGUACUGCAGAUCAGUCAUACAUACUGCUACUAAAAGUGACGACGUGGGGCGGUAGGUCAUCGCUCUACAGAUACGCAUUUAAAGUGAAUUCUCCACCCAGGGCUGGCAAGUGUAGCAUCAGCCCUCACCGCGGAACGGCUUUCCUGACAAAAUUUGUUGUCCAGUGCAGUGGAUUUUCUGACAGCAACUUACCACUGACAUACAAAGUCAUAGUAGCUUCCGACGUAUCCAAAACUGCCAAAAUUAACUCGGUGAAGGACAACACAUUUGGCACAAUUCUGUACUUUGGCUAUCAGCCUAGAAUGCCUCCAUCUCUCCUCCCAGUUGGUGAACCCUCUCGGAGGUAUGCUCUGACACUGUACGUUCAAGUGUGUGAUUCUCUGGGGGCGUUUACCCAACUGAGUCUGCAUGUCAGAGCACAGAACCCAUUGAGAAGUCGACCGCUAGCUGUUGUGUUUCAUGAACUGCUUGCCUCAGUGAGUGGUUUAAGUGCGCCCAUGACAGCUUAUCUCCAGACCGGAGACUAUUUUAAUGCGGGUUAUUUGGCUUAUCUUGCAGCCUCUGUCCUAAACUACAUCGAAGCUGCACCAACGCUCCCGAUGCCCAAGGCUCAGUUGAGGGAAAGCCUUAUUAAGGCAGCCCUGAAUAUUUCGGUUGAGAGCACGAUGGUAAUUAACCAAGUGGUAGCCUCUCUUUUUCAAGUCACAGAGCAACCUGAGGAAGUGAAUGCUCGAUCGCAAGAGAUUGCCAUUACAAAACUGACUGAAGUAACCAGGGUGUUGAAAACACAGAGGAAUGAGAGCCACUGGUCUGAACAAACAGAAAUUCAGACGAGUGGAAUACUAAAAUGCCUGUCCAACAUCCUGAGAGCUGCUCUUCUGCGUCGCAGGAAGGUCAAUGUUAGUGCAGUCACGCAAGUCUUCUCCAUCAUGGAAAACUUAACUGAGAUUGUUUUCCAAGGCAAAGUCCCUGGGGAGGAAGACACUGUCAUGGAAACCAGCAACUGGAAAAUCACUUUGAUGAAGGACGAAAACUGGAAUGUUGCAAAUGCUUUCUCUACCACAGAAGCCUGCAGGAAUUGUUUCUAUCCAACACUAAAAACUGGAAACUCUUCAAGAUUGUCUUACGAUGCAGUCAUUUCCACUGCCCUGUUUGAGUUUGAUGAAAACCCUUUCCCUUGGUUGAAUUAUACUUCAGAAAUUGCAACAGCCAUCUUGGGCUUCAAAAUGGCAGAGACCAAGGCUAAUGGGGAUCUGCAAGGGAUCCUGCCUGAAGAAGCAAACGUCCUUAUCGCUAGGAAAGACACCGAGUCGUCAACAUUUCAGUUAGCAAUGGGACCUGAUAAAACACAAACCUACACAACCGGAGGAUUUAGUCUUGAAGUGAACAGAGAUACCAAAAUCAUAUACAUCCAGAUCCUGACCAAAUUACAAGUGGCUUUCCAGGUGCUAGUGUUCACAGGCACUAAUGUCACUCAGAAUUUUCCCAUAGCCUCUUUUGAUGCUUUUCACAACAUGACAACGGUGGCAAGCAAAACCAAGGCAGUUGAUGAAGAGUGUAACAUCAAGGCUCCUUACAUCAUCUGCCUCCCAGAGUCAGUGCUGAAAGUUGCAGCUCAAGGAAGCCUCAUCGGCCAGAACGGCACAAGUGAUAUCCACUGCUUACGGCACCCACAGUUCCCUGCUUUCCGUCAAGGAAGCACUGACUGUUUUCUCUUGACUACAAAGGAAGACCUGGGAGACAUCCUCGCCUUCAGGGUCUGGCACAAUAACAGAGGCCCAUCGCCAGGCUGGUUCUUAAGCAGAGCCAAAGUUGAACACGUGUCUGCUCGGAAGACCUGGUUCUUUAUGUGCAGGAAAUGGCUUGCCCUUGACAAGGGAGAUGGCUUACUAGAAAGGACAUUUUCCGUCACCAACCCAAAAGCACCUCUAUCCAGAAAGGACUAUUUUUUGAUUGAUCUGGCCAGUGGUCUGAAAGAGGGCCAUCUAUGGCUCUCCGUUUUUGCUCAGGUUCUGCCUGGCACUUAUAGCAGGCUCCAAAGGUUAUCUUCCUGUCUAACAAUAUUAUUAUUAAACCUGUUUGUUAACAUUAUGUUCUUUAAUGCUAACAAGAAUGAAGAAUCUCCAAGACACUUGAGGUACUUGAGAUCAAUUGCCAUAGGCAUUGAAUGUGCUUUGACUAGAAUACCCGUGGAAAUGAUUAUAAAGGCCUUAUUUAAGUAUUCCCAGAAGAACCCACAGAGAAAUCUACCCCUCCUUCCUGGAAAUCUUAAAACCUGGAGAGAACGUUUGCAAAAAUGGAAACUUUCAGAAAGGUCCUCACAGUCUGGUAGCAUUAGUUCCCCGGAGAACGUUCCUGCUCACAGCAAUUCUCAGAGCCCGACACAUCACAGAAAGACGAGAAGCCUGGGAGCUCCCCAGAACAGCAGGAAGUUCCCAAUUGCAGAAGGAGGUGCAAGUACCACCAGAGACAAGGAGCAAACAGAAAAGAAUUCCCCUCCAAAGGUUAAAGCCUGGCAGAGAAGACUACUGUCAAAUUCCAAUUUUAGCAAUAACUACGCAAAAGAAGCAGGGAACUUCCAGGAAGAAAGCAAGCUACCCAGCGUUACUUCUGCUCCUUUGUGCAAGAGACCACCCGUGGUUUUUUGUUGGUGGUGUAUCUAUAUCUCGUGGGUGUUAGUGAUAAUUGUAAGUGGGGUAUCAUCAUUUUUCAUUGUACUGUAUGGUUUGUCUUACGGCUACCAGACUUCGCUGGAGUGGCUUUUAGCAUCGGCAACCUCCUUUGUUCAAAAUGUAUUCUUUGUUUCAAUCAUAAAAAUCAGUUGUUACUCAGCUUUGAACACCGUUCGUCCAAAAUACUGUGAAAACGUUCCAUGGUUUACCCAGGAUCUCUCUUCUGAGAUUAAAACAGAUAAGGAAGCACUGAAUGAAGAAGAGAUGCAAGAGAAGCACUUUAAACUUGCCCAGAUCAGAGACACCGAGCAGUAUAAGCCUUUAGAAGAUGGAAAAAUUGCAAAGAUGCUGGAAGCGGCAAAAAUGAAAGUCAAGACAUUCAGUUUCAUAAAAGAUGUGAUCGGUCACCUUGUUGUUUUAGCAGUUGUCUUACAUUUUGCUUAUUCUACUGAGAACACUAACUGUUUCCACUACAACCAGUUUAUUCGGAACCAGUUCUCUCCCAGACUCCCUGCUGUGGUUAAGCUAGCAGAUAUUUACAUGUGGAGUAAUUCAGGUAAUAUUUGGGAAGCAAAAUUUUUCAGAGAGUAA